UUCUGUCUUUUGUCCCGUUGUGUUUUUUCUGUGCUUCGGUUAAAACCAUCAAGUAAAACAGCUCGUUUGGACAAACAAAGGAGCAGAAAUGCAAAGAGUUCGAAAACGGCAUGGAAACGGUUCGCAAGAGACUUUACAAAACAGCACUCCUGGACCGAAAGGAAAUGUGCCACAGAAGAAAAAGGAAGGCUUCCAUUUUGAUAUAUGGUUCUGUCUGACCCUGCAGAACUGGAUACUGGACUUUGGAAGACCUAUAGUCAUGAUAGUUGCUCCUGUGGAGUGGUUUCCACUGAACAAGCCGAGUGCUGGAGACUAUUUCCACAUGGCCUACAAUGUCAUCACCCCAUUUCUUAUGCUCAAGCUGAUUGAGCGCAGUCCUCGGAUGGUGCUGCCUCGCUCUGCAGUCUACCUCUGCAUCAUCACUUUUGUCAUGGGAGCCAGCAUCCACCUAGUGGGGGACUCCAUCAACCACCGGCUCAUCAUGAGUGGCUACCAGCUCCAUCUGUCUGUCAGAGAAAACCCCAUCAUCAAAGACCUCAAGCCCGUCUCCCUGAUUGACUCCUUUGAGCUGCUGUAUUAUUUUGAUGAACAGCUGGGACAUUUGAUGUGGUACAUCCCUUUCUUCAUCAUUCUCUUCAUCUAUUUCACUGGUUGCUUUUCUCAAAAAAAAGAUCAUAAGAUUCCUGUCUCUGGUUGGCUCCUGCUGGGACCCAGCGCCCUCUACUACUGGUACUUGGUGACUGAAGGACAAAUCACUGAACUUUUCAUCCUCACAUUCCUAGCCAUGGUUGUUGUGGUGAUACAUCAGCAUCGGAAAGGCCUCAUACCGGACAGCAACGGCCUGUUCCUGUUGUUUAGUUUCUGCAUGACCUUGUUCAUGGUUGUACUGUGGGUGGUCUACUUGUGGAAUGAUCCAGUCUUGCACCAAAAGUACCCUGGAUUAAUUUGUCCAGAACCCUGGUCCUACUACACUUUGCACAUCAAAGAGACCUAAUGAGGCACAUUUGUCCUGGUUUUUACAAGGUUUUUAUGCCUCUAGGAUUACAGAAUCUAUUUAAUUUAUACCAGCAUACUUCAGAAAUGUUUUUGGCCUCUCCUGGAUACAGAGGUUUCUAGUGACUCAACGUGGGACUUUUUCUGCAAAGUGACAGUGAAACUGAAUAUCCGUGGACCAAGUGGCCUGUAGAGACUAUUUUGAAUAGUAAGACAAGGACGAUCUUUCUCCUGUGACAUUUCCUGGGUGAAGCUGGGAACCUUUUGAAGUACCCUCAUACAUUUUGUUUGUAUGAGCUGCUUGAUGCACAGCUUGUAUUGUUUGAUAAAGUGG